AUGCUUCAUAAAAGUGAAAUAAAUGAAUAUUCAAUAGCUGAACAAGUUAAAAUUGAGACUGAAUCUGGCUUUAAAUUAAAUCAUCCAUUUAUAUUAACUAUGUAUGAUGUAUUUCAUGAUGAAAAACAUUUUUAUUUUAUGCUUGAAUAUGUUCCAUAUGGACAACUUUAUCGAUUUUUACAAAAAUUACGUUGGUUUUCAAACUGUUUAGCUACCAGUUAUAUUUAUCAAAUUUGUCAUGCAUUAGAAUAUUGUUAUAAUAAAAGUAUCAUUCAUCGAGAUUUAAAUCCUGAAAAUAGUAAUUAUUAA